ACUCCCCCUUUCUCCCUCCCCACCAGUCACAUGGAGGUUAGUGGUGACCCGUCGCUCCCUCGGUUGUGUGCCAGUCGCUCUCUAGUGCGCCUUGGAGACAGAGGAGAAGCGAGACGCGCAAAACUGCCUGGGCAAGGCAUUUGUUUUAGUAACUGCGUUUAGCCGGAGCCUGUCUCGUCACGGGGGGAAACAAAUCGCCACGGAAUCCGCUGAAGCCGCUGAUAAACGAUACUCUGGUAAAGGGUUAUUUUUAGUCACCCAACGCAGCGAUGAGUGUCUGGAAGCCGGCCGUGAGAGCGCCUUGUGCCGCGCUGUGGUGAGCGAAGACCCCGCUUGGAGAUCAACAAGAAUGAAGUCAAGGCGAGAUAAACUGAAGAUCCCCUCCCUGACUCUGGAUUUGUCACCUACAUGCCAGAGCCCCACUCUUCUGAGCCCAUGCAGCCCCUGCAGUCCCUGCAGCCCCUUGCAAACCCUUCAUCCCUGGAGCUGUCGCAACAGCAACAGGAAGAGCCUCGGAGUCGGGACGCUAUCGCCCACGCUGUCCCGGCCGCUCUCACCACUCUCACUGCACACCGCUGCAAGCAGCCCUCUAGACAGUCCUCGAAAUGUGUCGACCGGCGCCUGCCUCAACUUCCCUUUUGCCCGAAGAGCUGAGGGCCGGAGAUGGUCUCUGGCGUCCCUCCCCUCGUCUGGCUAUGGAACCAACCCGCCGAGCUCCACUGUCUCAUCCUCCUCCUCCUCCCAGGAGCGUCUUCACCAGCUUCCCUACCAGCCGACUCAAGAUGAGCUGCACUUCCUCUUCAAACACUUCCGCAGCACAGACAGCAUGACCGACGAGGAUGGGCGGCACUCCACGCUCAUACGACCUCGGUCUCGGAGCCUCAGCCCCGGGCGAUCAAACGUCUCAUUUGAUAAUGAGAUUGUCAUGAUGAACCAUGUUUACAAGGAACGUUUUCCAAAGGCCACGGCCCAGAUGGAGGAGCGCUUGUUUGAGAUUAUCACCCACUGCUCUCCAGACAGCUCCCUCCCUCUGGCUGACGGGGUGCUGGGCUUCAUCCAGCACCAGUUGGUGGAGCUGCUCAGAGACUGCCUGGACAAGUCCCAGAAAGGCCUGGUUACCUCCCGCUACUUCGCUGAGCUGCAGGAGAAGCUGGAGAAGCUGCUUCACGAGGCCUACGAGCGCUCUGAAAGCGAGGAGGUGGCCGUCAUCAUCCAUUUGGUGAGGAAGAUCCUCAUCAUAAUCUCUAGGCCGGCUCGCCUCCUGGAGUGUCUGGAGUUUGACCCCGAAGAGUUUUAUCACCUACUUGAGGCCGCCGAGGGUCAUGCCAAAGUCGGCCAGGUUAUCAAGACGGACAUCCCACGCUACAUCAUCAGCCAGCUGGGUCUGACCCGCGACCCUUUAGAAGAGCUUGAACAGUAUGAUGCGAGUCCUUCAGUGACAGUGGACACAGAUGCCAGUGUGGAGAACAAGGUCCCACAGACGCUGACACCGACUCGAAGGAAACCUUUUGAGAGUGACUUUGACACAAUCAAACUCAUCAGUAAUGGAGCUUACGGGGCCGUGUAUCUGGUCCGUCACAAGGAGACCCGACAACGGUUUGCCAUGAAGAAGAUAAAUCGUCAGAACCUCGUCCUGAGGAACCAGAUCCAGCAGGCUUUUGUUGAGCGAGACAUCCUGACGUUUGCCGAAAACCCCUUCGUUGUCUCCAUGUUCUGCUCUUUUGAGACACGACGUCACCUAUGCAUGGUCAUGGAGUAUGUGGAAGGUGGAGAUUGUGCCAACCUGCUCAAGAACAUGGGCCCACUGCCUGUAGAAAUGACACGGUUGUACUUUGCUGAAACAGUCCUGGCACUGGAGUAUCUUCACAACUAUGGCAUUGUGCAUCGGGAUCUCAAACCUGACAAUUUGUUGAUAACAUCAAUGGGCCACAUCAAGCUGACGGACUUCGGCCUGUCUAAAAUUGGCCUCAUGAACAUGACCACCAACAUGUACGAGGGUCACAUAGAGAAAGACACGAGAGAGUUUAUAGACAAACAGGUGUGUGGCACUCCGGAGUACAUUGCCCCAGAGGUGAUCCUCAGACAGGGCUAUGGGAAGCCUGUGGAUUGGUGGGCCAUGGGGGUCAUCCUCUAUGAGUUCCUGGUUGGCUGCGUCCCAUUCUUUGGAGACACACCUGAAGAGCUUUUUGGACAAGUUGUUAGUGAUGACAUCAUUUGGCCAGAAGGAGACGAUGCCCUGCCUGCUGAAGCCCAGGAUCUGAUCACCCGCCUGCUCAGACAGAGUCCUUUAGACCGACUGGGAACUGGCGGAGCCUCGGAGGUCAAACAGAACCCUUUCUUCAUUGGUUUGGACUGGAAUGGACUCCUGAGACAGAAAGCUGAAUUUAUCCCGCAGCUGGAGGCGGAGGACGACACAAGCUACUUCGAUACUCGUUCAGAUCGUUACCAUCAUUUGGCAUCAGACGAGGAUGAGGAAACCAAUGAUGAAGAAUCUUCCUUGGAGAUCAGGCAGUUUUCAUCCUGGUCGCAUCGCUUCAGCAAGGUUUACAGCAGCACAGAACAUCUGGCCACGCCAUCCAACCUGAGCUUCUCCUCCGACCGCAGCCACAGCGAGGACAAAGAGGACCGCGUGGACGUGGGGGGACUGAGUCCCUGCCCGGGCACAGCAGAGGGCAGCGCCGAGCGCAGACACGCCGGGCGCAUGGCCAGCCUGCGCCCUCGGGCCUCCUCCAGCUCCUCCCAGUCUGAGAGGAGCACCAGCCCUCUGGUGAUGAGCAGCACCCACAGCCUGGAGACCAUGCCCCGCUUCGCCCUCUCCACUGAUGAUGAAGCUGAGGUGGUCGUGUCAAACCUUCGGAGGAUCAGGAUACGCAGCAACAGCACCGGGGCCAAACACUCGUCCCCCAAAGAGCCGACCGGCCCUCGACGUUUCGGUAACCAGCUGGAGACGCCGGACAGACAGAGGCUGCCCUGCGGAGGGAAGGUUCCCAAAUCAGCCUCCGUCUCAGCCCUGUCCCUCAUCAUCACUACAGACGACUCGCCCAGCGGCCUCCAGCCCAGUCCCAUCUCCCCUCGCUCUCUGUCCUCCAACCCUUCAUCCCGGGACUCCUCCCCCAGCCGGGACUUCUCCCUCAGCCCGGGCAGCCUGAGGCCUCCCAUUAUCAUCCACACCUCCGGGAAGAAGUACGGCUUCACCCUGCAGGCCAUCCGGGUCUACAUGGGCGACAGCGAUGUCUACACGGUGCAUCACAUGGUGUCGAGUGUGGAGGAGGGGAAUCCAGCUUACGAGGCAGGGCUCCGCACUGGAGACCUCAUCACCCACGUCAACGGAGAGUCGGUCCAGGGCCUGGUCCACCCUGAGAUGAUAGAACUGCUACUGAAGAGUGGCAACAAGGUGUCUCUUCAGACCAUAGCACUGGAGAACACGUCAAUCAAAGUGGGUCCAGCGCGGAAGACCAAACACAAAGGGAAGAUGGCUCGACGCAGCAGAAAGAGCAAGAGGAGAGAUAAUUACGACAGGCGACGAAGCAUCCUAAAGAAGCUGUCCAAGCAGAGCACAGUGAUACACAGCAGUCGCAGCUUUAACUCGGGUCUCCACCACUCAGUGUCCUCCAGCGAGAGUCUUCCUGGCUCCCCAACACACAGCCUCUCCCCCGGCCCCUCCACACCCUGCCGGAGCCCCGCCCCCGACCAUCAGGCCUGUGACAACAACUCUCCUCAGAGCACGUCUCCCUGCUCCAGCUCUCCCAGUUCUCCCGCAGCACACAUCCGGCCCAGCUCUCUCCACGGCCUGGGCUCCAAACUCAGCACGCAGCGCUACACCAAGGCGGGCCGCCGGAAGUCAACCAGCAACAUCCCCCCCUCGCCCCUGGCCUGCAACUCUUCCUCUUCCUCAGCCCAGCCUCUCUCUCCUCAGCGCUCUCCCUCUCCACUCUCAGGCUUUGCCAAAGGCUUUCACAGUUUCCACGGCAAAACUCUGUCCCCCCCCACCAUCGUCAGACAUAUUGUCCGGCCCCGCAGCGCCGAGCCCCCCCGCUCUCCUCUCCUGAAGAGGGUACAGUCCGCUGAGAAGCUGUCUGGUGUGUACCAUGCUGAUAAAAAGUCUUACACCCCCCGCCGUCACACGCUGGAGGUUCCGUUUUACGGCGAGGGGGACCUGCUGGGGGAUUUGGAGGCUGAGGGGUCCUGUGGAGGGUCCUACAUUGGUGUGGAUCUCAGCAGGCUAGGGGGGUACAUCGGCAGCCAGAGGUUGAGGGACUCUGGGAUGGAACGAUCGGAGCAGCUGGUCGUGAUGCGAAAACUCAACCUAUCAGAGCGAAGAGACUCUUUUAAGAAACAGGAAGCAGUGCAGGAGGUGAGCUUUGAUGAGCCGGAAGAGAAAUCCAGCACCCCAGGUCCGGGCGCCCAAACACAGCAACAGCAGCAUCGGCACGGGACGGCCUGGACCCUCACUCGACCCCAGACCAGCGUGGAGGUGGAGCCAGAGGUGCCGGUGGUCAGGAGGUUCACUCUGGUGCCCCAGAUCGCCGUGCAGGGCUCAACAGAGAGCGAGCAGGAUGAGUGGGAGCCAUGUUCAGACGGCGAGGACACCAACAACGAGACAGCAGUGACGCAGGCGGGCGCCCCUUCCUCCCAGCCACAACAGGCAGGACGUCCUCUUUGUGACAACAGCUGCAGUCCGGCAGCAGACAGCCCCCCCACUGGUCCUCAGGUUGGUCCCUCCAAAGAGAAGACUGAGUGCAGAGAGGAAACUCCACAACAAGGGCAUUUGAAAAGUGACGACUCACCACUGCACUAACUUCAACUGCUCUCAUCUUUUAUUUAAAGUCUUUCAAAGUUGUAAAGUCAUUUACAAACUUCAUGAACUAAUUGAGUAAGGAGAUGAUUUUACUUGAAUUUUUUUAAUUGUUCAAAUUUGCCUCAAGGCAUUGCAGACCUGCUGGUCUUAUUUAUUACAUAUAUAAACUAUGAUGAGUUAGUAAUGAUGAAAGAGGGAAGGUCUGAUUAAAGAGCCAAGGGUCAACAUUUUUGUAUCCAUAAAAUGUGGUUUUGUCUUUUGACUGGAUUGCUUUUUGUAUAAAUGUCUAUUUUUUAAAUACAUUGUUGCAGUACAGAGUAGUUUGAUAAUGAUCAGCAUAAUUGUUGUAGGACCAAAAGGUACUAGUUUUUCUUUCAGUGUCAAUUUAGAUCUGAACAGUGCAGCUUUGAGUAGGUUACUGCUAUUAUGUUGAUCUUCAGAAACCUAAGAAUGACCUUUGGUUCACACUGUGAGCAACAUGGUUGAUGUGUCAACGUCUGAUGAAUUGUCAGCAGUUGUAUCUUUAAUAUACAACAAUAGUAUUUUUUUUGCUGCUGCAGUCAAAGCUACCAAGCACCAAUUAGCAUGAAAGGAAAAAACGUGUUACUCUCUUUUUGCACUCGUCAGACACUGUAGUUUGUGCAAAAAUCACAUUGGUGGAGAAAACAGCAGUGCUAUAGUUGUGAAAGAUAAAGUUCUUCCAUUUACUUGUUGAUCAUGUUUCUUACGGUGUGAAUUCGUGGUCACAGCAAACAUUUUCUCGAGUUUAUAACAGGUCAGUGCAGGGUAAUAUUGCACACAGAAAGUACAAUCUGUUACAUGAUUUAGUCGAGUCAAAAAGGGUUUUAUGUGCCAUGCUAUCAGUGCAGCGUCCUCUAAGCCAUAUCGUUAAAGGCAGAAAUGUCAAUGGAUGUUUCUAAGUACGUGUUGUUUCCCGCUGGUAUUGCAGUCUUGACAACAUUUUCUGUAAAUUGAAGUUCAGGAUGAAGAAUGCGACACACUUUGCUCUGUUGCUACUCGAUAUAAUCUCAGUGUGAUACCAUAUAGUAGAGGUAACUCAAACGUAUAUUUUUCUUGCUCACUAUAUGGAACCUUCAAACACAGAUUCAGCAUGGCGCCUCGUCUCGCUGUAAUAAAUUGUUCUUCUCAAAGCAUGCAAUUUACUGGGGGGGAAAUAGAGCAGCCAAAUUGAAGUUUACGUCUUCUUCAAAGUUUUGUUGAAAGCAUUUGAGUAUUUAUUUUUUGGUCUUUUCUUACCUAUAAUAUCAACACAUUUUGUACCUGGAAAAGUAUUGCAACCUUGUGUAUUUUUGGAGUAUCUUUUCCUGAAACUGUAGCUUUCGUCUUUGUUUUUUCAGAUGAGCAUGUAAGAGACACCAUGCCUACAAGACCUGUUCCUACUUAAUUUACCGUGUAGUAAUGUUUACAUCGAAAGGAAAAGUGCACUAACGUAUUUUGACAUGAAUUUUGUAAGAGAAUGUUGAAGGUAAAUUGAAAAUGGCAGAGGGACACAUCCUUACAUUGAAUCCAAAUCCAGGGCUUCUUUGAACAAAUGUUUUAUGUCUUUGUAUUGUACAAAUAUUGAUGUAUAUUUUGAUAACGAGGGUGUAUAUAAUUCCAGAUGUGUUAAAGGAUGUGAAAUGCACAAUGGGAAGUCUGACUUGAGGGAAUGGGCUGUUAGUAUUUUGGUUGUACUUCCUGAGUUUUGAGGUUUAUUGUCUUAUUUGUCAGUGGCUGUUGCUGAAUUUUGUACCAACUUUCUCCUGAGUCUUCUGUUUCUAAAGCUUCAGAGCUGUUGAUGUGUAACCUAAGUCUCUCUUCCUCCUAAAAUCUCAAGAUGACAACCUUUUAGAGUGUUGUCGUGUCAGCGAGCAGCACAGAGAAUUUGUCGCUGAAUGGCUCAGUUAUUUUUGCAGUCUGACAGAAUUGUUUACAACGAACAAACAUGCUAUGUACUGUACAAACAUUUUCUAUCCUGUGGCUGUAUGAUGAAACUACCCUCUUUGAUACCACGAAAGAAACAACACUCAUCAGAGUAACAUAUCCGUUUUUGUUUUGUUUUUUACAAAAUGUUCAUAAAGAGUAAUUUAGCACCGAGCUGAGAAGCAUUGAGUGUGUUUACAUGCACUUAAUUCAUGGGUUGAGCCUUUUGAAAAUAUAUUUGUUUGUAGAUGACAAUACUAUCCAGGCAAAGGGAUGAUGAUGGCCAUGUGUACAUCUAAUAUAUAUAUGUAUAAAUCUAUUUUGUGCAAAUUAGGGCAGGUAAUGCUCCAGAGGGAUGAAUAGAAAAUACACGUCAUUGUUCUAGAAGUACGUUUAUUAAAAUUAAAUAGAAAAAUGAAAAUAGCUGAGCAUAGGAUAAGCUUUUCAAAGUUAAAUCUAACAAUCGUCAAAUAUGCAAGUAUUAUUUCCAAUAUCGUAUGGCUAAAAGUUUUGGGGAACCCUUUUUGCAGUGCAUGUAACCUUGAUUUAUCUGAAUACCCUUGUAUCUACGUGAAUGUAAAUAUAUUCAAUGCUUGAAAAAAACUUCAUUCACUGGAGGUCCUCAAAGACACGAUUCUCAGCUGGUGUUAAACUUGCUCUUAAAGAAUAAACUGGCAGGUCAAAUUGUUGUACAUGUGCAUGUUUUCUCCUGUUCACUCUUCUGUUCAGUGCAUGCUGCAUGGGACAAGCACACACCUGUAUUACUUGAUUGCAUGGUAUACCGGCCCUGUCGCCCUGUACUGUGUUUUCUUGUGCAACAAAUAAAAUGUGUUUUUCUCUUUGACUCAUCCUUAGAA